AUGGAGACUAUUCUUAUUAGACUGGACAAGGGGGUUAGUCCUGUUGAGUGGGUGACCCUUCACGAGUACAACAUUCCAAAAUGCAUCGAUGUUUUAAAUCACUGGGUUAGUAAUGGCUUUGGGAUUCUUACCAUCGGCAAAGCUAUCCAAGGCACACGCGACGCACUGAGCCGAAAAUCACUCUGUAAUGACUCCUGUGACUCCUGA